AUGGUUUAGGAUUUGAGUUCUUUUAUGUUUGUUUAUUUAUAAAUAGUCUCUAUAUAGUUAUGGAAAAUUAAACAACAGAUUUGGUUAAGUAAUCAGAUAUAAUUUUCUCCUAAGGCUCUUUUGCUGCAUUAGGUUUUUUCUCAAUUUUGUAAAAUUUAUUCUAGUUUUUGAUUUGAGAGUAAUCUGGUUCACAAAAUCGUAGGAAAUCUGCUGAAUUGAUUAGCCAGGAACCUCUGUAUCUAAAGGGCGAGGUCGUAUGGAUAUGAUAAGUGAGUUACCUGAUGUGUUGCUCUUGGAAAUACUGUCAUUAUUACCAGCAGAAGAUGUUGCGGCUACGAUGGUUUUGUCAAAACGAUGGAAAUUUCUGUGGAGAUAUGUGCCAAGACUUAAAUAUGAUCACAAUAUGUAUCAAGCUGGUGAACACAGGAGAUUCUCACGGUUUAUUAACACUUCCCUGAAGUUAAACAGAGCUCCGGUUCUAGAAAGUUUUAAUGUCAAAUUUGGUCAAAAGGCUAAUGCUAUAGAUAUUAGAGCAUAUGUGAGAACCGCUAUUAAACGCGGUGUGCGUAAGCUAUAUAUCGAGAUUGAUACUUGUUCUACAAAAACCAUGGAUCCAGUGGUACUUCCAGGUAGCUUGUUUAUAGGCUGUAAAAGGCUUGUGAAUUUGAUGCUAAAAAUGUUGCUCUGAAGGAUUUGCCUUCCUCGAUUUCUUUCCCAUCCCUCAAAAGCCUGGUCCUUGUAUCAGUGAAGUACCCAUCUGACGAAUUUGUCCCGAUGAUUUUAUCUAGUUGUCCUGUUCUUGAAAAUUUGAUGGUUGAUCGAUGCCAGGGUGACAAUGUGGACCUUUUCGUAGUUAGAGUGGCCUCUUUAAAGGUUUUACUACUGCGUAAAUUAUCGGACAUCAAUACUCAUGGGUUUGUGAUAGAUACUCCUUCUUUGGAGCUCUUGGGGAUCGAAGAAGCUACUGGUGGGUUUUGUGGCAUUGAGCAGAAUAUGCCUAAGAUUGAAGCGGCAAAUGUUUAUGUUACUUGUAAUCAUACGGAGCAGAUUAUUUCUUCACUAACUUCACUCGAACAACUUGGAGUUUGUUUAUCACAGGAUGCGUAUCCUGAAGGAACAAUAUUUAACUGGCUUGUACGAUUGCAUCUAUGUACAUGUGAUGCACAGUGGUUGAAUGUACUUAUGCGUUUGCUCAAAGAUUCCCCCAAACUAAGAAUCCUCCGACUAGAACAGUUCCACAGUAAGAAAAUAUAUCCGCGACCGUGCUGGAAAGAACCUAGUCAUGUACCAGGAUGCCUAUUGUCAAGUCUCGAAACCUUUGAAUGGAUGGAAUACGAAGGAACAGAAGAAGAGAUGGAAGUCGCGAGAUUCAUCUUAAGAAACACUAGUCGUUUAAAGAGGGCAGCCUUUUACCCUGAAUCCACAAAUGCUGAAGAAGAACUUGUGAUGUUAAUGGAAUUGUCAAUGUCACCAAGGUGUUCUCCAAUGUGUCAGCUUCAUUUAGGUCCUCGCACUUUUACAAAAACAGACAUUUUUCUUGAUCACCGCUUAAACCGAAGUUUAAAGUUUUAAACUGAUCCUCUUUUUUUCUUUCUUUCUUUAAAUUAGCUGUUGAACUCUUUUUGUUGUAUGAAAACAAGAAAAUUGAUUGAGAAAUCAUAAACCACUUAUAGAUCUGUUCAUUUUUUUGGAUGACUGAAAUAUUCAUAGGUAAAACUAUAACACUUAACUUUGAAAAACUCUUAAAACAAUUUUUUUUUUUUUUUGAAAUAUAGAAUAAAUUAGGAUUUUUCUAAUCCUAAUUUAUUCUAAUCUUGUAAGUUUUCAGAUUCUGAUCGUAAAUAAUUGUUCAAGCUUUGAUUGUAGAAAUGGCAGAUGUGACUUUAAUUUCUUCAAGCAUAAUCCAUUGUUAUUCAAAAAUUUUGUGUUUUAAAUAUUUUUAAUUCUAUCAAAAUAUAGUGUUAUU